AUGCUGGGUUUGAUGGCUUGCGAAGGUGGCGCAAAGGUGGCAGUAUCCAUUGGGUUGUUCCCCAUGUUGCCGUCUAUGUCGGCCAUAGUCCUAACAGUGAGUCCACUAAGGAUCACGCACAGCAGAGUACUGACACGCUCACCAGUCGAAGUGCGCGUACGAGCCAACGCCACUUCGCGAUUUGACACGAUCCGGAACGCCGUAAACUCGUAUCUGACCACCGCCCUCUCCGACAUUUAUCUCCCUUCCGUCAUCGGUGGAUGGGAAGAUGUACCUCUGCUAGCCUCGUCGAUUGAGCGGAUACAUGCGUCUGAAAGCGCGUGUCCGGCAUCCUUCUUGCCCAUCGACCAAACGUCUCUUCAAAUUCACGUUUAUCAGCCCACGGAAGCCGACGCUUUCGAAGAGCUCACUAGUGGCAGCGGUAGAGGAGAAGACGAACAAAUAAUGGCCGCGUCGUCAUGCGAACUCCCAAGCAUGCUUUGGGAAGGCCUGUGGGACAGUCUCAUAUACUCCGACAACAUCAAGUCCAAAUUACUUGAUUACAUCCAUGCAACGCUAGUUUUCAGCGAUGCGAAUGUAGAUUUCAACGUUGUGUCGUGGAAUCGCGUGGUACUGCUCCAUGGGCCACCCGGUACGGGCAAGACUUCACUCUGCCGCGCUCUGGCACAGAAGCUCUCUAUCCGGCUUUCUCACAGAUACUCUCAUUCGCGAUUGCUCGAAAUCAACUCGCACUCGUUGUUCUCGAAGUGGUUCUCGGAGUCGGGAAAGCUCGUUCAAAAGCUUUUCAGUAGCAUCAUGGAGAUGGUAGAAGAUGACGAGACAUUCGUCAUUGUUCUCAUUGAUGAGGUGGAAUCCCUGACGGCGGCACGGGCGGGUGCAAUGGCUGGAACAGAACCAUCGGAUGCGUUGCGGGUAGUGAAUGCGCUUCUGACUCAACUGGACAAACUGAAGCAUAAGAAAAACUGCUUGGUCAUGUCUACAAGCAACCUCGCCUCCGCAAUUGACUCCGCUUUUGUUGACCGUGCUGAUAUUGUUCAAUACGUCGAUUUGCCACCACGUCAGGCGAUCUAUGAGAUUCUACGCUCGUGUCUUGUCGAGCUGAUCAAGAGAAGAAUUGUCGGAGACGUGGAUAUCCCGGAUUACCCACAAGCAGAAAUAAACGAACGGACGGCCGAGUUCUCUAAUCUCAGCCUGCAGUCACCCGGAAAUCCGGCCAUGGGCACCCCUUCGCAGAUCGAGGCGCAUGACACCCGCGAGAGGUCAAGGCUGGCAUCUAUCCGACUGAUGAGACUCGCACAGGCUUGCAGGGAGCAAGAGAUGUCCGGUCGUUCUCUGCGGCGACUUCCUGUCCUUGCACAUGCCAGGUACAUCGGUGCCGUUCCUUUUGUGACGCCCCGCACGCAUGUCAACGGUGCAUCAAAGUCGAGGAAUGCGGCGGCAAACACUCAUGGAGCGGCAGCAGACGUUGAGAUGUGGUUAGAUGCAAUGGAACGCGUCGUGCAGUCGCAGGCGACUGAGCGGACCCGUAUGCAGAAGUGA